GCGCCAAUCGCAAGCAACACGAAUCCUUCCUUGUCAUUUCUUUGUUCUGCGUAACGCGCUUUUGAUAGUACACGAAUGGACGCGCUCCUGUCGACGCCCGAGUAUGACGACGACGCUUCGACGCAAGUCGCGCCGCCCAAGCGGUCGCCGUACCAGCGCUACAUGGACCGGCAGCACGCCGAGGCGGCGUCGCUCAAGCGCCAAGUGACCGAGCUCCGGGGCCAGCUGCGCGCGCUCCACGCAGCCCGCGAGCUCGCAGACGCAGCCCACCCCGCAACGAGCGAGUGGGCACGCCUCGCCAAGUCGGAGCGCAAGCGACUUUGCGAGAGCAUGACCGAGAACCGUCGGCUCAAGGUUGCUGUGAAGGAGUAUACCGAGCACGCGCAGGCGCUCUCGCUGCUCAUCGAGAAGACGCCACGCCCGCUCGCCGUUGCGAUGGACCCGAACGACUCGUGGAAGCACCUCCGCCUUGGCGCGGACCCGCUUCUGCGCUACUCGGGUUACCACGCCAUGGCGGACCGCGAGCGCCAACACUUGCGCAGCGCCUUCUUGGAGGCGGGUCUCGUUGAGGCGCGCGCCGUGCCCCACUCGUUCGAGACACGCGUGUUCCACCAAACGCUCGAGAUCCAAGCCCGCGUUUGCGCCCGCCUCCCUCGUCGCUUGGACACGCCCAUGGACUUUGAGAUCAUGACCCGCGUCAUCUGGGACAUUAUGAGCGGAGCGGUGCUCGUUGCGUCGCCGACCGGGUUCCGUGAGGUGCUCACCACGGUCGACGACUCGACCACCUACAUUACGACCAAGCGCCACUACACCCUGGGCACAAGCGUCCGCAACGUCAUCGUCAAGCGCUACAACGAGGCAAAUCGGUUUGUCCUCGUGUGGCGGAGCGUUGAAGACGACGAGCUCUUUCCAUUUGAAGCCGGCAAGGACAUUGCGCGAGAAGUCGGCUGGAUGCUCCUCGAGCCGUGCGAGUCGGGCUUCCUCUUCAAGGUCUUCACCAAGCUCCAGCCAUUUACGUCCGGACACGACUGCUCGCCCGACGAGAUUCGAACGUACAUGCAGGAUCUGCACGGUGCGUCGCAGAACGAGCUGCGGAUGUUCCUCCUCGAAGCCGACAAGCAGUUUGGCGCGCACCAGCGAGCGGCGUUUGCAAAGACAAAGCCCGAAGCGCGUGCUGCGUACGGCUGAUGGCGCAAGUGUUUUGUGUAGUGAACUGUCUUGUAUUGAUUGAUGUCGUCAUUGUCAGCAAGUGAGAGGACGCCGGUGGAA